GGUGGCUUGGGGGACCGGGGCCUUUUGUUUGAGCGGCGGCGGGGGGCCCGGAGCGGCGAGGCCGGCGGCCUUCCCCUGCUCCCUCGGUCCCGGCCGCCCCUCGCGGGGGUGGGGGGGCCGCCCCCUGGGCCGGGCCUCGCCUCAGGCGCCGCCGCCCCGCCCUUGGCCCGCCCCGCCCGGCCCGAGGGGAGGAACCGGCCGGGCCUCCCCGCGCGGCCCAGCCACCUCCAGUCUUAGCCACUACCCUCUGCGAGUCGGACCCGAAGGCUGCCUCUCCUCUCUUAGGCCGACGCCAUGAAGAUUAAGGAUGCCAAGAAACCCUCUUUCCCAUGGUUUGGCAUGGACAUCGGGGGAACUCUGGUAAAGCUCUCAUAUUUUGAACCUAUUGAUAUCACAGCAGAGGAAGAACAAGAAGAAGUUGAGAGCUUAAAAAGUAUCCGGAAAUAUUUGACUUCUAAUGUAGCCUAUGGAUCCACUGGUAUUCGAGAUGUACACCUUGAACUGAAAGAUUUAACACUUUUUGGCCGAAGAGGAAACUUGCACUUUAUCAGAUUCCCAACCCAGGACCUGCCUACUUUUAUCCAAAUGGGAAGAGAUAAAAACUUCUCAACGUUACACACGGUGCUAUGUGCUACGGGAGGUGGUGCUUACAAGUUUGAAAAAGAUUUUCGCACAAUUGGAAACCUCCACCUGCACAAACUGGAUGAACUUGACUGCCUUGUAAAGGGCUUGCUGUAUAUAGAUUCUGUCAGUUUCAAUGGACAAGCAGAGUGCUAUUAUUUUGCUAAUGCCUCAGAACCCGAGAGAUGCCAAAAGAUGCCUUUUAACCUGGAUGAUCCCUAUCCACUGCUGGUAGUAAACAUUGGUUCAGGAGUCAGUAUUUUAGCAGUCCAUUCCAAAGACAACUAUAAACGAGUAACUGGGACAAGCCUUGGAGGGGGUACCUUUCUGGGUUUGUGUAGUUUAUUGACUGGCUGUGAAAGUUUUGAAGAGGCUCUUGAAAUGGCAUCCAAAGGUGACAGUACCCAAGCUGACAAGCUGGUCCGUGAUAUUUACGGAGGAGACUAUGAAAGAUUUGGUCUGCCUGGUUGGGCUGUGGCAUCGAGUUUUGGGAAUAUGAUUUAUAAGGAGAAGCGAGAAUCUGUUAGUAAAGAAGAUCUAGCAAGAGCUACUUUAGUUACCAUCACCAAUAACAUUGGUUCUGUGGCACGAAUGUGUGCUGUUAAUGAGAAAAUAAACAGAGUUGUCUUUGUUGGAAACUUUUUACGUGUCAAUACUCUCUCAAUGAAACUUUUGGCAUAUGCACUGGACUACUGGUCAAAAGGUCAACUGAAAGCAUUGUUUCUAGAGCAUGAGGGCUAUUUUGGAGCAGUUGGUGCACUUCUUGGGCUGCCAAAUUUCAGCUAAAGCAUCAGGUUUCUCUGCUAAUAAAUAUCAUUCAAGAAGAACUGAAAACCAGAGGCAUUAUUACUGCAUUAUUUGUCACUGGGAACCAAAGGAUAAAAGAGUAGCACUAUUCUUGUUGAUUUUUAAAUGUCAGAGUGGUAAGCUGCUAAAUGUUGCCAUAUUAAAAAGAGAGAGCUCCAGAAAUGUGAAGUAUUUCUAGUUGAAAUGUUUUCCCUUUUGUAUAUAGCCAGUGUUAAAUCCUUAAAUGCAAUACAGCCUCUUAAUUAUUGAGCUUCCUCUCAAAAUGGUUUUCUACUUAUUUUAUGUAGCCAACAUUGCAGUACUGUAUGUUCAGAAACAAAUCUUAAUGUCUCAGAAAUGUGAGCUCAUGAAAAUAACUGAUUCUGAAUAUUCGUUAUGGAGUCUGUUCUGUGUGUGUUUUGGUUACUAGUAAGUGUACAGUAACAUACCAUGUAUUAGUGAAGUGGGAGUUCCUGUCAUGGCUCCGCGGAAACGAAUCUGACUAGUAUGCAUGAGGAUGCAGUUUUGAUCCCUGGCCUUGCUCAGUGGGUUAAGGAUCUGGCAUUGCCAUGAGCUGUGGUGUAGG